CCGAAUUUCAAUUGGCGAUCAGUCUGCUACCUAUGCAAUCUGAACGAGAGAUUCAGAGAGCGAAGAGAGAAAGAGAGAGCAAGAGAGCUGAGACUGUAAAUUAGAAAUGUUCCUAUGAUGAGCCGCACACUGUCCACCAGCGCUCUCAGUUAAGUGGCAAUUUCAUACGCAUCGCUCACUGCUCAGUCGUAAAUUUCGCCUAGGGCUUGAUGCAAGUGUGAGACUCAGUUGUGCAGUGGCCCACUCUUGCCGUUCAUUCCCUCGCUCUCAUUGACUACAAACAUUGCACGUCAUCGCACUUCUGGCUUAGCGCAGUUUGUGUGGUGACAUUGCUGCGCGGUUGUUACAUUCGGUGAUCUAUCAACGCAUACGUUAAAAGCUAGGCAGUGCAAACGCAGAGAACUUAGCUUGUUUCAAGAGGCAUGCGAUAGCAGGUGCCACAGCAAAAACAACCUUGCAUUUGACUGUCGAGUCUUCACAGCUGUAUCAGCUGCACGUCUUACCCUAUAAUCGCUGCUCUAAGGCGUAUCUCGCUGAUAAAAACAAUUCAAUUCAACAAAUUACGAGUGCUCACGGUAUACACGUACUUGAAUCUGAAAGCAUAGGUAGCCAUGCCUGACAUAUCGCAGGAUGCGUUCGAAGCCAGCUUGCCGCAUCAACCACCGGCCACGGUCGAAGAAUUGCGCGGUCGGGCCAACUCUAUCGAAGCGCGAACGCGCGGAGCGUGUCCUACCAACAGCGGAAGCCGCCCCGCGGACCACGAAGGUCGAUUACUCGUGCCGACAACCAGCGAUCCGAUAUACGGCUAUAAGCGGGAGAUCAGCCAUAGGAUUUUCGUCAACCGGUCGAUGCAUUUGGAGAAUAUCAAAUUUUAUGGCUUCGACAUGGACUACACGAUUGCGGAGUACAAAUCGCCCCAGUACGAGCAACUAGGCUUUGAUUUGGUGAAGGAGCGCCUGGUGAGUCUCGGCUAUCCUAUCGAAAUUUUGCAAUUCGAGUACGACCCAUCGUUCCCGGUCCGCGGCCUCUGGUUCGAUUCGCUAUACGGUAACCUGCUGAAAGUGGACGCCUACGGCAACAUUCUUGUAUGUGUGCAUGGUUUCGAGUUUCUCAAGCAUCACCAGGUGUACGAGCUGUAUCCGAACAAGUUUUUACAGCUAGACGAAAGUCGCGUAUACGUGCUUAACACACUCUUCAACCUACCCGAAACGUAUCUCUUCGCGUGCUUGGUAGAUUUCUUCACGCAUUCGCCACAGUACGCUGAACAGGUCGAUCGAACCGGUGUUCAAUAUGGUGAGCUGUUUAUGUCGUUCAAGUCGAUUUUCCAGGAUGUGCGCGGAGCCGUUGACUGGGUGCACAUCUACGGUGAUCUUAAGAAGAAGACACUUGAGAAUUUAGAACAGUAUGUUAAGAAGGACGAGCGGCUGCCGAUGGUACUGUCACGCAUCCGCGAAUCAGGCGCCAAGGUUUUCCUCCUGACGAACAGCGAUUACAACUUUACCGAUCGCAUUAUGACAUUCCUAUUCGACAUUCCGCACGGUGCAAAGCCGAACGAACCUCACCGUGAUUGGAAGACGUACUUCGACACGAUCGUAGUAGACGCACGGAAGCCGCUAUUCUUCGGUGAGGGUACGAUCCUGCGACAGGUCGACACGACUACCGGUGCUCUCAAGGUCGGCACACACAUGGGACCGUUGCUAGCGAACCAGGUAUAUUCAGGUGGUUCGUGCGACGUGUUCACCAAGCUGAUCGGCGCGAAAGGCAAGGACGUGCUAUACAUUGGCGAUCAUAUUUUCGGCGAUAUCUUGAAGAGCAAGAAAAUACGCGGCUGGCGUACUUUUCUGAUUGUGCCGGAGCUGGUACAAGAGUUGCAUGUGUGGACUGACAAGUGCCAGCUGUUCGCAGAACUACAGCAACUGGAUGUACAGCUUGGCGAUCUGUACAAGAAUCUCGAUUCAAGCGCGAAAGAGAAACCGGACAUCCGGUCGGUACGCACGGCCAUACGAGACGUCACGCACAAGAUGGAUCUAGCUUACGGUAUGAUGGGAUCCCUGUUCCGCUCUGGCUCGCGACAGACGUUUUUUUCCAGUCAGGUCGUCCGAUACGCCGAUUUGUACGCCGCCACCAUUCUCAACCUGAUGUACUAUCCGUUCUCGUACAUGUUCCGCGCACCGGCAAUGCUGCUGCCACAUGAGUCGACCGUGGCCCACGAACAGCGAUUCACGCUUGAUGCGCCCAUGAUACAACGCACAAGACCCGUUCGUUCAUCCAGCGGCGGUGGCGGUGACAGCGGGCCUUCUCGACCAUCUUUGACAACGAGCGGUUUUGGUAUCGAACCGGUAGUACCUCCAUCAUCUGUACCUGAUGACGAUGAGAAAGUGUGCGAUGACUCCAAGGAACUUUGCAUCCUGCUACACGAUAAAGAAGAACUGCUGUGCGUGUUGGUGCCACACACCCGCCCAGAAACACCACGCUCCGUUACGCACACCCACGACGAAGAUUAUUCGGAUGAGGACAGUGACGAUCAAAAAAAGAGUUCAGCCAACCGUAAAGACGAAGAAGUGCAAGGAAUAACCGAUCAGGAUUCACCCCUUAAAACCAAUUAACAAUCCUAUGGCUCCGAGUAUAUCUAUUGCACUGUUUCAAAUAUCACCAAUAUACAAGCCACUAGUCGGUAGUUUAGCAACACGACACAGGCUUCAUUACUCCUUUAUACUUUAACAGGUUAAAUCAAAACUUCCACAUACAUUGACACACAUUAUACCUUUAGUAAUUGCAAGAGUGAGGUUUCGUGGUCUGACUUCCCACAACUUUUGAAAUCGAUAUCAUUCUUAUGAAUCGUUUCUGCGAUUUGAUUUCUUCACCGACAAUAAGCUCCUCUGGAUAGAACUAGCCAAUGUUUUGCGAUAUGAUUUGUAGACAAAUAAAAGCUUGAGCGCCUCGGAUUGUUUUAUGGAUUAUAGUAGAGAAAUACAGGAAAGUAGAUCUUACGACGAGCUUUGAAUGGAACAGCCUUAGAUCGGACCUAUCUCAUAAAAUCCUAUCCUCACCCGAAGGCUUCUACUCACUAUUACAAGGCGCUGUAAUAGGUUUAAACAUAAUGUAUGGCAUGACCUGAUAGAAGGGUUUCUUAUACAAAUAUAGCAAUAAUUCGAGUGAUUUACUUGCAACAAAUCACCGCUAGC